CCCUUUGAAAAAUCUGGUGACAAAACACUUCUAAUUUAUCCGCGUUUUGUGGAAACAUUUUACUACAUUGUGAACCCAGAAUUACCGAGAAUUCCUGCUACGUUAUAGAAAUAGGCUGUCUACAAUUAUUACUAUAAAUAGCUUGAACGAGGUUUUGAGGGUUAAAGUUUUUAAGAGUUAAACUCUUUGCGACUACAUAUUAAUAUUAUGCUGAGAUAAUUUAGCAAACUUAUUUCUAGCGACAAAAGAAUAAUGUCAAAUUUGGUUGGUGAACAGAGCUUACAUAGAAAAUUGGCGAAUCCUGGAGCAUUGGGGUUGGCCGCCUUUGCCCUUACCACAUUUCUUCUAUCAUGCUUCAAUGCAGGAGUUCUUGUUAGUGCUACUGGUAAAAAUGUCGUGUUUGGUGUUGCGUAUAUCUAUGGCGGUAUAGCUCAGUUAAUUGCUGGUGUUAUUGAAUUUCUAUUUGAUAACAUCUUUGGAGCCACUGCAUUUGUCAGUUAUGGGUCCUUUUGGAUCUCUUUUGCAUAUUUUGAAGAGCGUUUCAUUGAAAACUAUCCUCCUGAAAUCAAGGGUGAAAUAGUUGGCUUAUAUCUUUUCUGUUGGAUGAUGUUAACGUUAAUGUUCUUAUUACUUAGCAUUAAAAUAACAAGAGCGCACUUUGUAUUAUUCCUGUUACUUUUCCUUACCUUCUUCUUGCUUGUUAUUGGAAAUUUCUGGGAUUUGAAUGGACUCGUGCGAUCUGGAGGUUGGUUUGGAAUCCUAACGGCACUCUGCGCUUGGUACAUCAUGUUAUCUAUUAUGUCUACUUCAAUAAUUGGGAAGACCAUUCUUCCUCUGGGCAUCGGGGGUUUUAAUAUUCGAUUCCUGGCGAAGGAGUAAAAAUCUAAUUCAAAAUCACCGUAAAUAAAAUCUCGUUUUAACCAAGCUCCAGUAACAAAGCGAAUAUGUCUCUCUCUGGUAGCAAACUAAAUAUAGCCCUUCAAUUCUUGUCAUUCAGUGGUCAAAAUGUCAAAAAAGGAUUGCUUUUUA